AGGUCACUCUCGAUACUUUUCUUCAACCUGCUAUCUUCUAUCAACGAUGUCGUUACAAAUUCCGUCCGCCCCUGGCAGUGGGCUCUUUAAACAAGGCUAUCAAUCGUAUGCAAGUGAGGAUGGAGCCGUCAUCAGGAACAUCGACGCCUGCCAGACAAUCGCUUCGACUGUACAAACUUCUCUCGGGCCCUAUGGCCGGAAUAAGAUUGUCAUCAAUCAUCUGCAGAAAAUGAUCCUUACGUCUGAUGCUGCAACGAUUCUGCGGGAGUUGGAGGUUGUGCACCCUGCAGCUAAGCUAGUCGUUAUGGCAAGCCAACAGCAGGAGGCGGAGAUGGGUGAUGCUACAAAUUUGGUUAUUGUUCUUGCUGGGGAGUUCAUGAAGAUGGCAGAAGGAUUGAUCAGAAUUGGAUUGCAUCCGUCGGAGAUUGUUAAUGGAUAUGAGAAGGCCCAAGAGUUUGCUUUGAAGACUUUAGAGGAACUUGUGGUUGAUAGGAUUGCGGAUAUCAAAUCGGAGACCGGGCUCACAAAAGCUAUUAGAACUGUUAUCGCGUCAAAACAAUACGGGAAUGAGGAUCUACUCGCCCCCCUGGUUGCUCAAGCUGUUCUUGCCGUUCUACCUAAAAACCCCAUCAAUUUCAAUGUCGAUAACAUCCGAGUGGUCAAGAUUAUGGGUUCGUCACUCCCCCAGAGCCGUGUCGUGAAAGGAAUGGUUUUCCCUCGGGAGCCAGAAGGUACAAUCAAGAAGGCUCUAAAAGCUAAGGUUGCUGUAUUUUCCUGCCCUAUCGAUAUUUCCCAGACGGAGACCAAGGGGACUGUUCUAAUCCACAAUGCAAAAGAAAUGUUGGAUUUCACUAAGGGAGAGGAAUCGCAAUUGGAGACCAUAAUUAAGGAAAUUCACGAUUCAGGAAUCAGGGUGGUGGUUGCUGGAUCAACAGUUGGAGAAUUAGCUAUGCAUUACCUCAGCCGGUAUAGCGUUUUGGUCAUCAAGAUUCUUAGUAAGUUUGAGCUUAGACGGCUGUGUCGAGUUGUAGGCGCUACUCCGCUGGCUCGGCUGGGUGCCCCCAUGCCAGAUGAGAUGGGAGCGGCCGAUGUUGUAGAGACUGAAGAGAUUGGUGGCGAUCGAGUAACAGUUUUCCGGCAGGAAAAUGAGGCAACCAGGACCGCUACAAUUGUUAUCCGAGGUGCUACCCAGAAUCACCUUGAUGAUGUCGAGAGAGCUGUGGAUGAUGGUGUCAAUGCUGUGAAGGCCAUCUCCCGAGAUCCCCGUCUGGUCCCCGGCGCAGGAGCUACAGAGAUGCAGUUGAUUGAGAGAAUAGUUGCUCAUGGAGAAAAGACGCCCGGCCUCCUCCAGCAUGCUAUCAGGAAGUAUGGCGAGGCAUUUGAGGUUAUUCCUCGCACACUAGCCGAAAGCGCUGGCCUUGAUGCUACUGAGGUCUUGAGUAAACUCUAUGCCGCUCACCACAAGAGGGAUUCCUGGACUGCCGGUGUGGAUCUUGAGGACGAGAAGGGUACUGGGAUUCUCGAUGCUAAAGAAUGCGGUAUCCUUGAUCUCUUUGUGGCCAAGAGCUCGGCCAUCAAAUUGGCAACUGAGGCCGCCCGCACAGUCCUUGCUGUAGAUCAGAUUAUUGUUGCCAGGCAGGCCGGUGGGCCAAAACCUCCUGGGCCAAACCCUAACUGGGAUGAGGACUAA